UCGAUUUGUAACUAUGUGACAUGUUUAUUACUGAUUAAACAUAAAACAAACCUAGUCACUAUUAUUUGAUCAUUAUUAAAAAUAAUUUUUUUUAUAUUUUUUUUACACAAAAGAAUAUUCGUCAAGGUUAGAACAAAUAGCUUGACAACAAUUGGGUGCCAAGUCUCAGCCAGUGAAAUUUAAAUAAUAAUAAUUACAACGUUUCGUCCAGCUAACUUGCCUGGAACUUCUUCAAAGAAAUCAUCAAAAUUAAAUUUUGCUUCAAGUUUAUCCAAAGUGUGGGUACCGAGUAUACAGAAGUCAUUCUAUUGUGAACAAUUAUUAUAUUUGAAAUAGUCUCAGCCAGUGAAAUUUAAAAAAAAUUAAUUCCAACGUUUCGUCCAUCUAACUUGUUUGAACCUUCUUCAGGGAAACAAAGUUUAAAAUGUCACAAUAUACAAAUUCUACAAAUGAUUAUAUUUUAUGUAAAUCAAUUCAUCCAAUACAAAUUUCCGAAAAUCCAAUAAAUCAUUUAUGUAAUCAAAGUUCUAUCUCUUCUAUGAUUAUAAAUAAUGAUAGUCGAAUAGAUACAGAAACGCAUAGAAUUACACAAAUUUGUUUUUCAUUAGCAUUUUGUUCUACAUUAAUACAUUUAAUGUUUAUCUUAUAUUUUAAACGUAUAAGACAAUUAUAUGGUAUAUGCAUAGUGAUUAAUUGUUUCUUUUAUUCAGCAUCCUAUUUAAUGACAUUGAUUACAUGUUCAUUGCCUAAAUCUAAUUUAACUCAUACUAUUUUAAGUUAUUUAGCUGAUUAUUGUAUAUUAACAAAUAUGAUAAUGAAUUUAAAAUCUUCAUUUAUGAUUGUAUAUUUAUUAAUGAGUCGACGAGAAAAUAUAAAUUGUUACCAUGGUAACUAUUCAUUAUGUAAUUCUAGUCAUGUAUGUUUGAAGUAUAUCAAAAAAUUAUGUUAUAUAAUAGGACAUAUAACGGUUAUUAUUUUACCUAUAUUAUGUGUAGUAAUUAGUAUGUUACUAUUUGAAACCUACAAUUAUAUCAGUGAAGAUCAUGAAGAGUUCGCCAUUAUAUCCUGUAAUCUAAUACCAAAUUAUGGUCACUUCUAUGUAUUCUUUCCAAUUCUAUUUCUUUUAUUAUUAUUACAAUUCUGUUGUAUUUUAAUGAUAACUAGACUAUUAAUGAUUGGUCAACAACAUCAAAGGACCGAUAAUAAUGAUCAUCAUAAUAUAAUUAUAACAUUAUGGAAAACAACUAAUUUAAGGGCAAGAUAUUGGAUAACAUUAAAAUUUACAAUAACACAUAGUCUAAUAUGGUUUAUUGCAUUAUUAUCUAUAAUUAAAGCAUCUAUAUCAUUAUGGCAUGUAUUUACAUUAUUAUAUAGUUUACAAUCUAUAUAUAUUACUGUUAAUUGUAUAUUUACACGUCCUAUAUUAGAUUUAUUAUAUCAAUGGCAUGAAGAGAAAAUUGAUUAUUAUAAAAAUGAUAAUCAUUUAUUAUUGAUUAAUCAUAAUCAACAAAAUGAUUUAAAACAAGAUCAGAUCAAAAAUAUAUUGAUUAAUUGUUAAUAAUUAUAUAUUUGUUGUAUAUUGUAGAUAUACACUUAUAUACAUCAUAUCAGUUCAUAGUUGCAAAUGAAUGAAGAUCCUAUUUUUUUUAUGAUCUGGAUCAUGUAUGAGAUAUGAAUCAAUAGAAUGAUAAAUGUUUUUCCUUAUUUGUAAAUAGUAUUGUUAAUUUCAUUAUCCUAAUGAAUAAAUAAUUGUAAGUGAACUAUUUGAUAAUAAUUUCUAUUCAUUGAUGAUGUAAUAUUAGAUCUCAUUUAGUCUAAUUAAACUUUAGAAAAAACAAUUCCUUUGUUUUAUUCCUAUUUAGCAAACUGAAUUUCAUUGUCAAACUUUGAGUAGUAUAUAUCUUGAUAGAAACAGACUGCUUUGUUGUACUGGACAAACCUAUCCAGUUGUUUCCAAUUGCUAUUCAUCCUUGUCAUGUCUGCUUCUGAUUCUCGACACAGUGUUCCUUGGCCUUUCUCUCUACGAUAACUGAGACUAGUAGAUCAGAAUGUUAUACGAUAUCCUAUUAGAAUCGAUCAAUAUUAUGCAGAUCGAUUAACACUUUAUCUUCUUUUAAACAUUGAGCUUUAGUAUUCUUUUAUUCUGUCUUCUCAUAAUAUAUUUUCAAUGUUCAGUCUUUGUCAUUAUUAUUAAUUCAAAGAUUAUUAUGUCCCUAUAAGAAUAAUGAAUGGUAACUUUGGGAUCCAUUUAUGGACCAAUAUUAUGCGUAUAUUUUUUUUCGUAUAAUCGCUAAGUAACUGAACUAUUCAUAUUCAUGAUCCCUUUAUCAUGAGCUUUAUUUUUAACUAUAAACUAUUGUUAUACAAUUUACCAUUCAUGAAUUACACCCAGUUUCCUAAUUACUGUUCCGCCUAUUUACAGCCACAUUUGGCUAAAUCUUGUACAAAUGUUAUUUUCUAUUUUAUGCUAUGAUGUGGUCUGUUUGGUUGGUAUAUAAACUCAAUAUGUUUGAAAUAUAAUGAUUCAUACCACAGAGGCU